GAGAGAGGACUCUGAUCAGAAGCCUGCCUCUCUCCAUCGCAGUUGCUGGCUGUGCUGUCCCUUUACGCAGAGAGCAUUACGCAUCACUGGACAACAUUGCACGUUUUCGUCCCACAGAUCUUUACGGAAACCCGUAUCACCCAUCCCUUCAGCACGGUUUUGGACAUAGAAGGCAUCCCGCGUUUUCCGAGAAGUCUGGACAAGUACUACUCUUCCUCCCCCCCUUUUUUAACCCUUGGAUCUAGAGCUCCCUAAAAGCGCGCUCCUGUGCUUUUAAAAUGCAAGUCGGACGCAAAUCGUGUUGGAGGCAAUUGCAGGCUUCUUUUUUCAGACUCCUGUGUCUUAUACCCACAGGAUUCCCCGUCCGGAGUGUGGAUAUGCAGCGGGCCACCGACAACAUCACCAUCCGCCAGGGCGACACAGCGAUUAUAAGGUGUUAUGUGGAUGACAAAGUGUCCAAGGUGGCCUGGCUCAAUCGAUCCAACAUCAUCUUUGCCGGCCAGGACAAGUGGUCCCUGGACCCCAGAGUAGACCUGGUCACUAAAGGACAGCUGGAGUACAGCCUGCGCAUACAAAAGGUGGAUGUGUAUGACGAGGGUUCGUACACCUGCUCCAUACAGACUAAGCAGCAGCCCAAGACCUCACAGGUCUACCUCAUUGUACAAGUCCCAGCCAACAUCUACAAGGUGUCAGAAGAUAUCACAGUGAAUGAGGGCAGUAACGUUACACUCAGUUGUUUGGCCAGUGGCAGGCCGGACCCUGCAAUCAACUGGCGGCUGCUCAAUCCCUCAGCAGAGCCGUUGGACGGAGAAGAGUACCUGGACAUUAUAGGUAUCAUGCGAAACCAAGCGGGUCGUUAUGAAUGCAAGGCCAGUAAUGACGUCGCCACGCCUGACGUCAAAUAUGUCAAUGUGGUUGUCAGCUACCCUCCAACAAUAAAGAAAACCCAGAGCUCAGAGACUCCGGUGGGCCGCAUGGGGACACUGCAGUGUGAUGCCACGGCUGUGCCCACACCAGAGUUUGAAUGGUUCAGAGACGAAAAAAGGCUGUCCAAUGCCCAGGGCAUUAAUAUUCAGAUUCUUGGCACUACCACAAUUCUCAUGAUUGCCAACGUCACCGAAGAGGAUUAUGGAAACUAUACCUGCGUGGCCUCGAACCGACUGGGCGUCCAGAAUGCCAGUCUUUUCCUCUAUAGACCCGGAACAGGUCGAGAUAUCAACGGCUCUGCCUGUGUAUCUCAAUCACUGUGGCUCCUGCUGGCCUGCUUCGCCUGCCUUUUCUUCAAGUGUUAAUACCGCUGCCCUCCUCCUUUUCCCCCUCUGGCCUUCCUUCCUCUCUCUCCUCUUCCUUCUCUCCAACUCACCGACAUCCUUAUUGCUACCUUAUUACCAACUUUACCGCCUCCACCCAGACUGUUUGCAUCAUUAUACAAAAACCUUAAGCACUGCUUACAGAUAUUACAAAAAACGAUGGGUUAUGAGUAAAAUGUUAUAAGAAGAACAACAACAACAACAAUGAAAUGAAGGACAGAACAAGCAAACAGUGCUCUUUAAAGAAUUGCAUUGUUCUUUUUAAUUUGUAUGCACUUCUUUAUUUCUGCUAUAUCUUGUCUUCGGGGUCUGGAUCGGGUUUAGGGUUUGUUGUAUUUUUGUCUUCAUGGGAAAACAGAGGGGCACCCUCUCACAGGGAUGCCAACAAUCAUUUGUCUCUAGAAGUACUGAAGACAUAAGGUAUAUUUGUUCUUACUCCCAUAGAUUAAUUAUGUUAACUUAAAUUGUAGAUUUAACCGAGUGUUUAACCAGUGCAUUAACGAGCAACAUGCAAAGUAUCUGCCAAAUAUCCAUAUAGAUUUGAAACUAACACAUACACAAAUCAAAGGGAAAAUACUGCAGCUGUCUUCUAUAAUGAGAUUAAAGCUUGAUAUUAAAGUCUUUACUACCAUAAUCUGAUGCUAAUAGAGUGAAACACAGACAUAGAGCAUUAGCCGGAUAUCUCUCCUAUCAAUGACAUUGUUUCUAGAUGCAGCAGUCACUUGGGUUGUUGCUUUCGAGCCCAGAAAUUGAGGAUGCAGUGAAUAGAAUCGACUUGAUCCUACUCGGCUAAACCAUGCGAAGUACAACCCUAUGGAAAUUAGUAUAUCUGGUGAGGGAUACCUAUAUCUUCAUUCAGUGGCUUUGCAACCACAAGCCUUUUUUCCAAAAGAAUCCCUCUUUUAUUUUGCAGCAGGAAAAGAAAACACAGUAGGUUAUAAUGAUGCGUACUGUACAUAGUAAAAUUUUGUAUUUCUCUAUGAUAAGACAACUUGUUCUGCCACUGUAACAACAGGAAACAGAGAAAUUGUUGCAGUUUAUGUUGCUUGUUUGACGACCAACCAACCAACCAUACUGUGCAGUUUGUCCCUGCUCCACAGCAGGCUGCACACAUUUAGCUGCAUAUAUUGUACCACAUACAGGGUUCGCUUUUAGUUUAUGAGUUUUAGGAUCAAUCUUCUAUACUGCUGGAAUUUGGAUAAAAAUGUCUGACACCGAUGAAUGACUUUUUAGUUUUUCUCUUUCAAUAAGUAUGUGUGUUUUAAUAUGAACUGAUACAGACAAAUUCAUAACAUAUUGAUAUUGAGGUUAUUUUUCCUGUCUUUACCUCAUUAAUUUUAGUUGUGUGUGUGUGUGUGUGUAUAUAUAUAUAUAUAUAUAUAUAUACUUGAAUCCAAUGUCCUUAUACUAUUAUGAAAAGGCAAAUUGUAUGUGUCCAUGUUUCUGAAUAGGGUAGCGAUUUGUUGAGGAUGAAUAACUUGUAGAUCUCUUGAACUGGCAACCCUGUUCUAUCAAGUGAACCGAAGCCCAUUAGAAAAAUGAUGUUUUAAAACAAAAACAAAGAGAAGAUUGUUUUGUGCAGUUAUUAUUGUACCUAUCCUUGAGAUGAUUGUAGGAAAUGGAAUAUUAUGUUUAGCAAACAAAUGAAUACUGAAUGCUUCUUUCCCUUAAUGGCCACCAAAGCCAAUGUGCUGAUGGGCAUCUUACAUGUCAUAUAGGAAAUGUUCUCAUCACACAUCUCCAAUCGAUGAAUUUAUUUCUUUAUGAACAAAAUCGUUAAAUGAUUACUACAUGUGUCAAUAUUUUGUGAAAGAAGACCUUUCAAACAGUGAUUAUUUCAGGAAACAGCUCAGAGGUCAUUCCUGUUGUGACGAGAAUUGCUGAAAUUGGUGCACUAUUAGCUGCCUUUUUCCAUUUAGUUUGACCUACUGUAAGGUGACUAAUAGUGUACGGACUCCAGCACCCAGCUCAGCUCCUUGACUGGAAGUGUGUACAUGUCUCCGCUCUUCUAACAACCAAGCCGAGAUAGUACUAGUACUGUAAAACACACAUGUAAUUAAUGUCAUCUUUGUCAUGCAUUAAAGAAAUUGUCCCUGGUGUUUUCAUUGUAUAUGCUUUUGAGGCCAUGGCUGUGUGACUUUGUAGCGUUGGUAAUGCCAUCUGAUCCAAUCUAAUUUUUAUGUGGGUAAAACAGUGGAGGCAGAGCUGUAAAGUGACUCAAAGCUGAAGCAUUUAAACAGUUAAAACAACUUUUCUCUCAUCUUUAUCAGUCACAACACAAACAAUAUCUUACACUCAGAUUUUCCAGUCUAGGAAGUAAUAAGAAAGCUGCUUUAUUCUGUCAUCAUCUCACACAUGCUUUUUUUUUGUUGAUUUUCUACGACUGAACAACUCUGGUGUAUCCACUUUAACUUGGAGUAACUUGACCCCUGUUGUUUUUCUACUACAUUGGUAUUUCUGCAGACUCUUCCUGCUUUUUAGCCUCUGGCUAGCUCAUACUUGAGGAUGCUAGUUUGUAAGCAACAAUUAUCUAGUUACUGUAGGAAGAAGUGAAUGAUCUGAAAGCUAUGGUGAAAUAGUUCCUCAUAAUCAGUUUGCAUGAGAGUAGUCUGUGCUACAUGUCUAUUUCAGUAAGUCUGUCUCACUCAUGAGUCGUCCAAAAAAAAUAAAAAAUACUCAGGGCAGAGCAAGGCUGGCCUUGGGUAGACUCUUAGAAAACUAAAAUGUGUUUAUUUGCUGGAGGAGGCCCUGACAGACUACCAGAGCUGGCUCAAAUAUCUCCAAAUUGUGCCAUUUUAACCUGCUUGGAAUGCAAGAUGGGUAGAGGAAGCUUAUUUUAAAGGAUUCUACAAUAAAUUGACUGUCAUGGUUUAAACUUUCUACCAUUCGGGUGACUUCAUGUCCAAGUGUGUCCUUGCAGGUUAAAACCAGCCAAUAAGCACUGACUGAUACCAAGACCACUUAUGUAAAAGCCAUGGAGCGCUGUCUUAUCCAUAAAGCAGAAAGAGAUACGGAAUACUGUCCUUUCAUUGCUCAUAGAGACCAACAGCCAGCCUACGGACAAAGCACCAACCUCCCUGUAGACCAACCUGGAUUCUACUGAAGACUGUAGAUACAGCUAUCUAGUUGAGCAUUGCCUCAAAACAUCACCAUCGCUUCACUGUACAAAACUGGCUUAUGUGUGUGCGCGUGUGUACUCUGAUUCUGAUUCUGUCCAUUAUUAUUAACUUACCUGAGAAGUUAACAUAAGGCAUGAGAUACAUGACAAGUUGGCCAAACAGCUAACUUUCUAAUUCUGUUGAGUUUACAGUGGUAACCUUAUAUUUUAAGUUUAGAAUAUUUUUUUCCUCGGAGUGUAUAUACAGUGUGUUGUUUCUACACUAGAAUGCUGUAAAGUCAGCAAAUCCAUAAGGUCGUGUUUAUAAAACUCAACAUAUAAAGAUUUAAACAGCAAAUGUAACUAUCAUGUUUGUACUUCCCUUCCCUUUGACAUGGGAAAUUAAGAUUCAAUCAUGGAUUAUGACACAGCAGUGUCCCGUUUUUUUGUUUCUGUUUUAUUUUACUUUAUUAUGGCAUAAGGUAAUUGCAGUCAGUUUAAAAAAAUGAUAUGUAAUAAAGGUAUAUGAGAACAUGUUCAUAACACAAAAUUAAGUUGUUUGAAUUCAAUGUUCUGUAUUUGAAUGUGACUUGAGAUGCCGGGUCAGCUUGGAACACAGAAUCUUAAUGGUACAAUUGUGUUAAUCGCCAUGUAACAUGCAAAUAAAAUAAUAUAUGUAUUGUUGUA